AUGACGGCCUGUAUAAAGAAGGUUGCUAAAGAGGUUCUAAAGGAAAUGAAAGGUAUAUGGCAUGCUCCUAGAGAGACCUGGUGGUGGGAUGAUGAGGUCCAAGUAGCCAUUAAGUCCAAGAAAGCUUGUUUAAAGACAUCGCAAAGGUCUAAAGAGGUAGAGGAUCUAACAAGAUACAAGCUUGCCAGAAACAAAGUUGAGAAGAUUGUGGGGAAAGCAAGGGCGAAGAAAUAUGACGAUCUCUAUAAUAGUCUGAAUUCAAAGGAUGGGGAAAAAGCUAUUUACAAGAUGGCUAAAGUGAGAGAAAGGAUGACCAGAGAUUUAGACCAUGUUAGAUGUAUUAAAAGUGAGGAUGGCAGAGUACUAAUAAAGAAUGAGGACAUUGAAGGGAGGUGGAAAGAGUACUUCUAUGUGCUUCUUACACCACGAGUGAUAGGGCUGCAAAAAGCGAUAUUAUUCAAAGGGACACCUCUUUGCGUAGAUAUAUACACAAAAUUAGGAUGCUUGAAGUAA